GAGAUAAUAUGUUUAAGUUGUCGUGUCUUCGUUACGUCAGAAAUUUUAGAAUUAUAACGACAACAGAUCGCAACAAGCAUGGAUAACAUGAAAAACAGAAACAAAACAUUUUGUUUGGUUCUUGCGCAACAAAAACUACAAAAGUAAUAAUUAUUUUAUUUAUAAUAUUUAUAAUAUACACACGUUAUUUUAUGGAAUUUUCGUUUUUAAAUAGAAACUUUAAUUCAUAAUGAAUAUUUUCUUCAUUGAAUCUAUUUUCUUACAUUAUGUUAAAGAAAAAUAAUACUUGAACGUUGGAGAACGAACUAUAAUUCAUGAACUAAUUUUUGUUAAGUUGUUAAAGUGUAUAAAGCUGUGUUUAAUGUAAUAUUAUAAUAAAAUUUAAAAGCGGAAAGAUUAUGUUGUGUCCAUAAUAUGUAUCAUAGUCCAUUAUCAUGGAAUUAUUUCUACUAUUUAACACACUCAAACAGGAACAUGUGUAAUUUUCUCAAACUGAAGCAAACCUAUCAUAUUUCAUAUAUACUCGCAUUUUGGGAUUGCUAUUUUCAAACAAAAAAUUGUAAACCACAAGUAGCUGAUAUAUAUAGCUUUAUACGCAUGACAAAUCUUUUACAUUUUUAAAUAACCUAUGUAAACUAGUGAUAGCUGGGGUGUUUAAGAGCAAUUUAUGAUAUUUGAAUGAACAUGACACUCGUGUAUAAAAUACGAUACAUGUCUUUUCCAUUUUAACUUCCGUAUUAAAUUUUUGAAUCGGAAUGUAAGCAAACAAGUGAACAAAUAUGGACGUUUUAUUUUAUUUCACUAUUGUGACAAUCAUUGCUAUUUUAGAAGCAGGUAUUCAGGUGAAGGCUAACGAUUGUACCACGGAUGCCCCAAAUGCUGGACAUUGCGGACAGAUGCUCACGGUAAUAAGUGGGACAGCUUGUUAUUCUGGCAAUCAUAAAACGUUGGCAACCAUUUAUUGUGAUACUUCGUAUUCCUUUGAUUCAGAAACUACAUUUACGUGUAUUAAGACUGCACAUAGCUCAUAUUGGACACCAAAUGCAACAGCAGCGUGUUUAUUUACAGCAUCCUUAUAUUCAACAACGACGUUCACACCAAAUCUCCUUCUGUCAGAGAGUACCUUGCCUUCUAAUGAAAUAAGUUCAACAAAGACCCCGACAAGUUUGUUCACUUUGAAAGUCUUGUCGUCGGAGAAUACCUUGUUUUCGACAGUCAUUAGUUCAGAUGAUACAGAAACGCCUCCAUUGACUACACACACAAUGAUGCCUCACACAGAAACAAUGGCAAGCAGCUCCGAUGUUCAGAUAGAAACAUCAACUGUUUACCAAGCUACAACCUCUUUCAGACAUUCCUCAGUACCCUCAUCAACAAUAACUGCUUCUUCAGUCUUAGUAACACCAAACCCAGCACCAUCACGUAAAGUAAAAGACGCAGAUAUAAACGCUGUAUAUGUUGCUGUUCCAGUGGUUGUAUGUGUUAUUGCGUUGUUAUUAGGAGUUGGUAUCUUAUGGUGGAGAAGAAGGAAUCAUAAACCUACAGCUUUAUUUGAAAGGCGCGAACCUGGCUCUUUAAUAACAAACCAAGUAUACGGAGCGAAUGGCAUAGACAGAAAUUGUUCUUUAAUGAAUGUGCGUCAAUCAAGAGUGAAUGAGUACGCAGAAAUACCUUUAGACAUAAUGAAUUCAGAUGAAACCGUAGGAGAUACUUAUCAAACAAUAGACAUCUUUACCUGA